GCUCCACUGCAUCCUCAUCCCCCUCCCAGCUGCUUCCUCUUCACUAUUCACUCGCUUCUCCUCGCAGCUGUCUCUGCCUCCAUAUUUGUUAAUAUGGGCGUGUAUUCAGCUUUACCGUUGGCCUUUUCCAUUGCCCUAUUGAUAGCCUGUGGCCUCACUCCCUCUCUUGGUCACAGCCCUCGGACACCAGACCGUGUAUCAGAGGCAGACAUCCAGCGUCUACUCCAUGGGGUUAUGGAAGAAUUGGGUAUUGCCAGGCCCAGAGUGGAAUAUCCAGCACACCAAGCAAUGAACCUUGUGGGUCCACAGAGCAUAGAAGGUGGUGCCCAUGAAGGUUUGCAGCACUUGGGACCUUAUGGAAAUAUCCCAAAUAUUGUAGCAGAGCUCACAGGCGAUAAUAUCCCCAAGGAUUUCCGGGAAGAUCAAGGCUAUCCUAAUCCACCCAAUCCUUGUCCUGUUGGAAAAACUGGCGAUGGCUGCCUGGCAAAUACACCAGAUACAGCUCAGUUUAGCAGAGAGUACCAGCUCCACCAAAACCUGUAUGACCCAGAACACAACUAUCCUGGAGCGUCGACAUGGAACAAGAAACUGCUGUAUGAGAAAAUUAAAGGAGCAUCACAAAGACAGAAACGGACAGUGAAUCCAUACUUGCAGGGACAGAAACUGGACAACGUGGUAGCCAAGAAGUCUGUUCCACAUUUCUCUGGCGAGGAAGAGUAAGCAGAGCCAAGUGAUGGAGCCGUGGCCGUUGUGAUCCAGCUCGGCAUCCUAUCUGCUGCUUCAGAGCCUCACUGACUGGCAGCAUGUUUAUUAUUUAUAGACUUGUGAAUGGGAAACAGCUGGACUUAUAACAUUAUGUUGUCAUUGAUAAUAAAAAAAUAUAGACUUCUGCUUUCUGUUAAAUUAGGGGAAUGGUAUCAUUUUUUUUCUUGCGUGUUUUUUCCUGCUGCUUUGAGGGGAAAUUUUAACUCAUUCAGCGCUGACAGGGACUGAAAAGGUUAAACCCUCUUAUUCUCCAGUAAUUGCCGACUUGCACUCUGAUAGAAUUAGCCAUAUCCACAAUAAAGAUCUUUUCCUUGUACUGCA